CAAGGAGCUGCUUCCUCCUUUUCCCACAGCUCCGCUGUCUCCCGGGAUCAAGGCUGGGCCUGCGCCGCGCGUCCCCGUGCCGGCCAGGGCGGCGCUCCGCGGACUCCAGGCGCUUCCUCGAGAGUGCGGGCCACUCCGGCCCUGCGGAGAGCAAGGCGAGGGUUUUGGGGGCGCCGAGACGGAGGGUCUGGCGGCCGCAGGGACUACCCAAGCACGGGGCUCGGGCCCGGGAGCUGCUGGAACAUGCGCCCGGAGCUGCAGUUGCCAGACUAUGUUUACACUCCUGGUGCUACUCAGCCAACUGCGCAUAGCUACCUUCGCGUUCCCUCAUCCAACAAGAAGUCCAGAGGAGUCUAGGCAUGCGGGAGAAGAAGUCUUUACAUCAAAAGAAGAAGCAAACUUGUUCAUACGUAGACACCUCCUAUAUAAUAGAUUUGAUUUGGAGCUCUUCACUCCCAGUGACCUAGAAAGAGAAUGCAGAGAAGAACUUUGUAAUUAUGAGGAAGCCAGAGAAAUUUUUGUGGAUGAAGAUAAAACGAUGACAUUUUGGCAAGAAUAUUCAAUUAAAGGACCAACCACAAAAUCAGAUGCUAACAGAGAGAAAAUCGAUGUUAUGGGCCUUCUGACUGGACUAAUUGCUGCUGGAGUAUUUUUGGUUAUUUUUGGAUUACUUGGUUACUAUCUUUGUAUCACUAAGUGUAACAGGCAACGACAUCCAGGUUCUUCAGCCACCUACGCAAGAAGGGGCAGACACACUCCCUCCAUCAUUUUCAGAAGACCUGAGGAGGCUGUCUUGUCUCCAUUGCCACCUUCAGUGGAGGACACAGGAUUACCUUCUUAUGAACAGGCAAUGGCACUGACCAGAAAACACAAUGUUUCGCCACCACCACCAUAUCCUGGGCCAGCAAAAGGGUUUAGGGUAUUUAAAAAAUCUAUGUCACUCCCAUCUCACUAAGCCCACCUUGUUGUCUUGAUGAUAUAGGACAUUCACAUUAUUUAAAUGAUUUGUUUUCCCUGAACCAAAAAGACAUGUCAAUUCAGCCCUUUAUGACGAACUGCAGAGAGUAAAGGAGGAAUAAGCACGUGUACUAUGCCACUGGAGAUCUGUUAGCAUCCUGGACCUGAACUUGAUCAUAAUCAGCUGGAUAAGGAACUUUGUAUCUUUGCAGUUAAGAAGAGAGCACUUUUUUGUUCCUUUUAAUGGUUCAAAAAAUCUGUUAUGGAUGUCACAGCUACAACUGGGGAACUAUCUGUAUCCUUUGUACAGAAAAAGUUUGUAGAUUUCUUGUAUUGAAUACUAAAAAGGUAAGAAUUUCUAAUUGUUAGAUUAUCCCAAGUCAUAAUAUUUGACCUACUCUUUUUUUUAGGAUUUCUUUUUGGUUGGAAAUACUUCACAGAAUUUGGCAUUUAAAUAUAAAUUGGUGGCCUUUAUAUAAUCACUUGUUUUUUUAUUUUAAAUUAUUGCAUAGCAUUCACCAUAUUUUGCACGUUUUUAUUGUGAGCUCUUGCUAUCAGUCAUGUUUUAUUAUGGGGAGUGGGGGUCAAUAGUUUUCUUUAAAAAGAAAACAAAUCAGGGCUUCCCUGGUGGCACAGUGGUUGAGAGUCCACCUGCCGAUGCAGGGGACACGGGUUGGUGCCCCGGUCUGGGAAGAUCCCACAUGCCGCGGAGCGGCUAAGCCCAUGAGCCAUGGCUGCUGAGCCUGCACGUCCGGAGCCUGUGCUCCGCAACGGGAGAGGCCACAGCAGUGAGAGGCCCGCGUACCGCAAAAACAAAACAGAACAAAACAAACACUUGGUAGAGAGUUCUUCAGAGGGAAGAGGGUUGCAAUGUUACGGAUUUGCAAGGGUUGUUAUACCACCAAAUAAAGAUACAGACCUCAAAUCUAGGAGUGACAACUUGAUAAGUUGUGCAUAUUAAUGAUGAGUAGACACACCCAUUUUCAUUGCUACGUUAUCUGUAUCUGACUAUAGCUAUUAAUCUGGAAAAUUUGUUGAAUUUUAUAAAUAAUAGUUUGAGAACCUGGAAGAAGUAACUUACUUUUCUGCUAUCAAAAUAAUAUUGAUUAAAGUUACCAGCAACCCCCUGUAUCUCUUAAUGUCUAGACACAGAACACCAUAGAUAAUCAUUUUCACCUAUAUUUUGUAUUUUCUUCUAAUUGUAUAUAUGACCAGUCUCCCCUUAAGAACAUAAUAGAGUAUAAGCUAUAAACUUCUGGAAUGAAUAUUUGUGCACAAAUUUAUUUGAGUGGGUGUGUACGUAUAUGUGAAUUUGUUUCCUCUUUGCAGGAGCUCCAAAAAAAAACAUACUCCUGAGAAAUAGAAAAUUCUGUUCUUUAUGUUUUUUGCCAGGCAUUGCUUUUUUCCUAUUUAAGACCAUUUAUAAAAUUAUAUUUUGUUUUAUAAUUUUUACAGAGGUGAGAUUAAAAUUCACAUGCAGGGCUUCCCUGGUGGCGCAGUGGUUGAGAGUCCGCCUGCCAAUGCAGGGGACACGGGUUCGUGCCCCGGUCUGGGAA